AAGAUUUGGUUUAUUAUGCUUACAUAAUAGUCUUUAAUUAAAAACUAUAAGAGCAGGAUAAUAUGAUGUACCGUUAUUUACAUUACCAUGAAAUUUGGUAUAUUUAUUUAUAAAAAAUAUACCAGCAAUUAACAAACACACUUCAGAGUGCACACUUACAAACUCUGAGUGAUACACACAUUUUGUAUCUACGAGAAGUUUUCUACUAUCAAAUAUUAUUUAACCAAUUAUAUUUAAGAAUGUUUAUUCGUAAAUUGUUGAAUGUACGCUCACAGUGUCAUCUUAAUCUCAGACGCUGGGCCAGUACAGAUCCACUCAGCUUUAAGAAUGAGAAGCUACAAUCGUACCUUGAAUCGUUACGCCAAGAAUAUUAUUCACUUCGAGUAAAUGCAGCCGGCAACAACAAUUCACGCCUUGCUCGAUUAGAUGGUGUCGUCAAUGCACUGGAACAGCACCGAGCAUUGCAGCGUAACAUCACAUCAGACGAGGACAUGGCUGCGGAGAAGGAUGAGGAUAUGCGGGCACUGAUGCAAGAAGAAAAUAAUGUGUACACCGAUCUGUUGCAGAAACAGGAAGACGCAAUGCUCAAGGAGCUACUAACUCUCUCAGAUGAUAAGUUGUAUCCGGCAUUGAUAUUCGAGGUUAAUGCUGGUGCCGGCGGGCAAGAGGCCAUGCUGUUUGCCCAUGAACUAUACAACAUGUAUAUUAGCUACUUUGAUUACAUGGGCUGGCAGUAUGAAGAAUUUGCUCACGAGACUACAGACAUUGGAGGCCUGCGGCAUGCUAAUCUGCUGGUCUACGGCACUGAGGCUUAUCAGUGGCUGCGCUACGAGGCGGGAGUGCAUCGGGUGCAAAGAGUGCCGGCCACAGAAAAAUCUGGACGCAUUCACACGAGCACUGCUUCCAUUGCAGUCAUUCCUAGGCCAGCUGAUGCUCAUGUCCAUAUUGCGGAGCGAGAUCUUAAGAUUGAAACAAAGCGCGCGAGUGGCGCGGGUGGACAGCACGUAAAUACUACCGAUUCGGCGGUGCGCAUAGUGCAUUUACCUACGGGCUUGGCUGUGGAGGCUCAAUCUGAACGCUCGCAGCUCAAGAACAGAGAAUUGGCAAUCAAACGACUGCAUGCCAAGCUUAUGCAGCAGCAACUCGAGAGCGCAGAGGCGAGCACACAAGCAACGCGCAAGGCUCAGCAGGGCAAUCAGAAUCGUAAUGAGAAGAUUCGUACAUACAAUUUUGUGCAGGAUCGUGUGACAGAUCAUCGAGUGCAACAUGGCGGCACACAGCACAAUUUAAGUGGUUUCCUUGAUGGCGGACAACAGCUAAGCGGACUCAUCGAACGCCUGCAGCUGGAGCAUCGGCAAUCCAAGCUUGUGGCGUUGUUGGAAACGUGGUCUGCCGAUAAGAACUGAAACAUUGUUUAUAUACUAUUAAUUAAAUUGUUAGACGAUU